CCGGAAACGUAAAAUUUUCACUUAAUACGCUACUUUUAGUUGACGUUGGUGACCUUAUGCUUACAGAUUUUCAGCAAUGGAAGAUCAUACUUUGGAAUGCUACGCAGAAGAAGUUAGAAAGAGACAGGAAUUAGAGAAAGAGAAGGAAGAAGAGCGUCGAUUUCUUCGAACUUCUCUUCGUGCUUCCAGUCGUCUUCGGGCCAUCGAGAAGUACAGAAAAGUUAUUCAUAGAGAAGAAACAAAAAGAGCUGAAAUAAAUCGCGCGUUUGAAAGUGACUCUGCUGGUGGAAAUAACGAUGAACUCACUGAACUUUUGUGCUAUCUCCGGACUAAAAUGCCAAUUCCAAGAGAAGAGAAGGAAAAUAAAAUUCAGUUGACAGACAAUAAACUCAUAUCAAAUGAAAUUGGUUUCGAUUCAGAAGCAGAACAGUGGGAAUGGCUCUUAAGUGUCUUAUCUGACCCGAAUUUAUCUGCAGCAUUUCUUAUGCAAGAUAAAGUCGCAAAGGCAUAUGAGACCUGCAAAAGUGUUAUGCAUCCUAAACCAAGAUAUCGUUGGCCUGUUUUAGCUGGUCUGGCAUAUGACACUAUGGAAGCUGUUAAAGAGCAACUAAUGGUAGCAUUGAGGGAGCCGAGUCAACUUGACACAUUUACUCUGAACAGUAUUUCAGCGGUACUCAGUUUUUGUUCAUCCCCAGUCUUUCAGAAUCUAUUGUUGGCAAUGGAUGGACUUGCAAACACUUGGCUUUUUGAUGCAGAUGACGACUAUAUCACAUCUGAUAAUCUCGAUUUAUCAGGAGAUAAUAAUGAAAAUUCUCUUUCUAGUUCAUACAUUCAAAAAAGUUCUGUUCCAGGUUGUUAUGCUACACUGGCAUAUGAUGAUCAAGGUCGUGAUUCUUAUUCAGAAAGUGGAGUAAGACUGAAGUAUGUUAUUCUUCAGAAAAGUGGUAAUGAAUUCUUGGGCGCUACGGUACGCUUGGAAAGAAAUUCAAUAAUAAUUGCUCGGAUUGUUAACGGUGGAUUAGCUCAUAAAACUAAUCUUUUACAUGAAGGUGAUGAAUUGUUAUCUGUCAAUGGGAUUGAACUAAUGGGAAAAGAUUUAAAUACAGUAUGCGAUGUUAUGGCUUCAUUACAACGAAAGAUUAUCCUUCUAGUUGCUCCUGCACUCGAUCCAUACUCCCAAGCAUCGACGAAAGGAAUUAUACUGAAAAUCAGUAUCUAUAUAAAAGCCAAAAAGCUGACCAAGCGUGUCCUAGCGUUUUCAUCACAUCCGUCUACUAACACUACCAGUACUAACACUACUACAACCACUACUACUACUACUACUACUACUACUACUACUACUACUACUACUACUACUACUACUACUACUACUACUACUACUACUACUAAUACCAAUACCACUACUGCUUCUACUACUACAACUACUACCGCUACUAAUACUAAUACUGCUACUACUACUGCUACUACUACUAUUACUACUACUACUACCACCGCAACUACUACUACUACUGCUACCGCUACUGCUAAUGCUGGUGCUACUACUACUACUACUACCACUACUACUACUACUACUACUACUACUACUACUACUACUACUACUACUACUACUACUACCAAUACCACUACUGCUUCUACUACUACAACUACCACUACCAGUACUACAACUGCUACUACUACUACUACUACUAAUGCUACUACUACUACUACUACUACUACCAAUAAUACUACUACUACUACCAAUAAUACUACUGCUUCUACUACUACAACUACCACUACCAGUACUACUACUGCUACUACUACCACUACUACUACCAUUACUACUACUACUUACGCAACUACUACUACUACUGCUACUGCUACCGCUACUGCUAAUGCUGGUGCUACUACUACUACUACCACUACUACUACUACUACUACUACUACUACUACUACUACUACUACUACUACUACUACUACUACAACCAAUACCACUACUGCUUCUACUACUACAACUACCACUACCAGUACUACAACUGCUACUACUACUAAUACUACUACUACUACUACUACUGCUACUAUUACUGCUACUAAUACUACUGCUGCUGCUACUACUACUACUACUACUACUACUACAACUACUGCUGCUGCUACUAGUGCUACUACUACUACUACUAAUGGUACUACUACUGCUACUACUACUACGACUACUACUACUACAACAACGACCACUACUACUACUACUACUACUACUACUACUACUACUACUACUGCUGCUGCUGCUACUAGUGCUAUUACUGCUACUACUAAUGGUACUACUACUGCUACUACUACUACUACGACUACUGCUGCUGCUACUACUACUACUAUUACUACUAAUACUACUACUACUACUGCUACUACUACUACAACUACUGCUACUACUACCGCUACUACUACUACUACUACUACUACUACUACUACUACUACUACUACUACUACUACUACUACUACUACUACUACUAAUACUACAAAUUCAAAUUUGAAGGCUGAUACUAAAUUUUCAUAUAUUUGUAUCACAGAAGAAGACUUUCAUCUGAAACGUAAACAAGGCGAGUUUGUUGAAUGGGGAUUAUUCAAUCGUGCCUAUUAUGGGACCAGUACACUAACUAUCCGUCAGUUAGUAGAUGAUGGGAAAAUAUGUUGUAUAUCUUUAAGACCUGAUUCUUUACGCAAAGUUCGUUCAAGUGGUCUUGUGCCUUACAUAAUAUUUAUUUCACCUCCGGAACGAGUUGACGAUUUGCAACGUUUACGUCAAAAAUUAAAUUUAACUGGAAAUUGUUCGAAUGAAGAAUUGAAAGCAUGCAUCGAAACAAGUCGUAGAAUGGAAACGCGCUUUGGACAUUGGUUUGACAGAGUAAUUAUCCCUGAAACACUAGAUUCAACCGUCACUGAAUUAGUUCGCCUUGCUAUCAAACUUGAACGAGAGCCUACAUGGGUACCGAGGUAUUGGUUAGAAAUGGAUUAG